CGAGCCAGUCAGGAGACGGCGACUGACGGUCUGCGUUUAGCCGGCACCGCUGCGUGAAAGGACAGGAGAAGUGAGGUGGUGCAUGGAGUGUUGCUAGCGACCGUGCUACGACUAGUUUGCAGACAGCUAGCGACUACUAGAACAUGCACUGAAUCACUGAAACAGUGACUGAAAGGACGUUUGCGACACCUGCGAGUGUUGUGUACCACUGGCGUACGUACAUGCUGUGCUUUCCAAUUAUUUCUACGAAUUAAAAAAAUACACGAUCCAUCUAACUUGGACAGGUGUUGUGAAGCGUGGAACAGUUGGAGAUCCACUGGCACUUGCAGGGUAGCUGAGGAGGACACGGAAAGAAGCAGCCAGCGAGUCAUUUGUGUCGUAACACAGCAGCGCACAGGAUGCCCGAGCCUUGCGCCGUGGUGUGCCCGCACCCGGGCUGCUGGCAGGCCAAACGAGAAGCCGAAAGGAGAGCUACCACGCACCGGAAUGCCACGAAAGCAAACGUCUCGGGCAGGGGGGCAUUAUCACGUGCACCACACGGUGGAAAGCAACCUGCUGGUGGCGGGGAACAGUCCAAUAAGGUCCGCUCUCGGUUUGCGUUGCCUCGCCGGAGUGACAUGGUUAAGCCGCCGAACGCCGCUCUGAUGUACGUGCAGAGGAAUAGAAACGUACACGCCGCUGCACAUGCUGGACAUCCUGGCGGUGUAGCUCAAGCACAAAUCAAAGCCAAACAGGAGAUCUCUGCUUCGGUUCCUGAGCCGGGGGGACAUCAUCGCACGCAUCUGCCGCGUAUAUCAUUUCAGCAGCUAGGCACAGAAAACGCACCGGCUGAGCACCACUCUGCAGAGCACGUUGCCGAUAGCAACGCGCAUGCUCUUGCAAAGACGGCGACCCGGCAGCCACCGGGUUGUCCUGCUCCCAGCUUGGAUUGCUUACUGCCUUCGUACACACGUUACAAUGAUGCAGCCCCGCGGAGAAAGUGGCCACCGAGACUGUCGCACAUGACGGUUCAGUGUAGCGACAUGCAAGUCGCCGAUGACACGGGUAGGCCAACAGCCGCUGCUGCAUUGCCCGGACAGUACGUAUGGGUGAAGGCUGAGCGGGCGCCAGACCCUAAGCCAAGGACGUACCAUGAAGGAACGGGCUACUACUGGGAACCUGACAACCCGGCCAUCUUUGACCACCCGUCCACGCCAAGUCUGGCCAUGUCCGACCUUGUAGCUAAGGGACCAAUGGUGUCGUCUGUUCACGCCAUCGACAUGCAAUUGCAACCGGACACACACGGUCCGCUGGCUCCUCAACCAAGGCAUCAUCCCACCAGAGUGCCCUCUGUGUUGGGUGUCUCAGCGAGCAUGGCCGUAGCAACUAGCACAUCAUCAGUCCGUCACACAACUCCGUCAAGAGCUGAUGCACCUGCUCAAAGCCAGCAUUUACUCAAAAGCACAAAACCACCAUCGUUCGUCCGCCGUCACGCUUCGGCCAGACGGACCAGAACGAAAACAAUGCCACCGAUUCCCAAGCAGAAGCCAACCAAAAAGGGCUUGGUUGAGCUGGGAGGUGCUUCGUUGAGUGCCAGCUCUUCCACGAGUGUCGUCUUCCACAACAGCCGGCGGGUGAGAGCUCAGUCGCAUCCGAUACGCUGGGGAUUCUACAAACUAGCCGAUCCAGCAGCACCCGUAGUGGACAGUGGCUCACACUUGAGUUCUAAUCCAGCAAAGCAACACGGGCAGAGGCUCAAAUCCGCCGGACGCCUGCCGCCAAAGCAGGUCCUCCCCAGCAUCGAGAUGGUGCCGGAUCUUCCCGCGGGCAAGAGCCACCCGACGAUGCCAGCCUACCUGGAGAGCCUGCUGGAGCGUGCCAAGCUGGACGAGCGGCAAGAUGGCGCAGAGCGGCCGGCCGAGGUGUUCGGUAGCGAUCUGUACCUGAUGGCACCGACGGCCGCUAACUCGCCGACACCGGCGCAGUUUGCCGAGCACUGGAUGAAGGAAGCUGACACGACCAAGGCCAACGCGUCGUCUGAUUUACUCCCCGCCGGUGUCGGCCGUAAUGCCAACUCACAGCAAUCAUCUAGCACUGUGAUAAUCGGCGGUCCGCAUAACACUCACGCUGACAUGCUCUCGCCGACGCUUUCCUCCACCAGCCUGCCAUCGUUUGACCUGCCACUACGCAGCUCUCCUCUCACUCCUCGUCAUCAUGGCGCUACGCCAGGUUGGCUGCGGAACCCGUACGCUGGCCCACAGAACAGCACUCCACUGCAAGAUACGCCCAGCCACUACAGCCAGGAGUCAACAGAAACGCCAUUGUCGGACGCGUCACUGUUCGCCGUCGACGAAGAGCACUUCAUGGACGAGUACUACCGGCGUCAGCGCAUCCGUCGAGCCGCACGUGGCCAGUACCCACGCGGUCAUCACCCACGCGGCCAGCACCCAUCCCUGGCAAUGGCCGGUCUCGAUCUGGCCUCUCCGCUGCCCUUCAUUGCGCCCGCAUCGAGCCCAGUGUCCGCACCGGCCAGUCGAAUAGCUGGCAGGGGGAUGCCGGGCGAGAAUGCAGGUCAUGCUGAUUACAGGCCUGGCGUACGGCCACCAAUCGACCAAGGAAUGCCGCCACCCAUUGAGGAAACUGCAGAGGAGAACUUAGACCAGAGACACUCGCACAGCAACAGUUCAACGUCGCAAACGCACAGUCGCCAUGAACUAGAUGGUGGGGCGACUGAUAACGAACGUGUCGAUAGCCGUCAGAAUGAAGGCACGGCGCAGCGGAACCAGGAGAGUCCAGGUACAUCAGCCGAACAGGAUACCUCCAUGGCAGAAGCUGUGCAGGAUACAUCCACACCGGACACAAGGCAAGACCUUGCCACAGCCGAGAGCAACAGCGACAGUUUUAAAACUGGCAUCAGGCAGGAACAUUCUGAGGAGAUACUUACGCAAGAUGGCCCAGCCCUGGACAGCAGUCCACACGUAGAUCAUUCAGCCGGUCCUCGGUUUCUUGAAGACGAUCCGUCUGCCCCGGACAGGUAGAGCUGUGAGCAAGAAGGACACUGUUCUGCUGAAGAAGCAAUGGUAAGAAAGGCUAAGGAGCUGCAACAACCACUGUCCACCGAUGGUGAAGGUACGACGGACCAAGUUCACACAGCGGAGAGAAUCGAUGAACAUGUGAAGAGAACUUCUGAGCAUAUGCCUGAAGACAAUGAGGUGAAGAAUGCUGUUGGGGGCAGUGGUGUUCAAUGUAGCGACGACAUUGCACUCGAGGAGGAACCGGGUGUUCUUAAUGAUAGCUUGCAUAGACCUCGGUCCUACCGGUAGGACCUACCGGUAGGACCAUCAUACACAGACAUGCUGCAUGGCCUAUGUUCUAACAUUGACCUAAAACUUGACCCUAAACUGUUGCUAAGGGGCUAAUGAAGAAGUCCACAAAUUUUAGACAUGAUCGCACAAGGCAUACUACGAAAUUCCAUGGUAACAACCCAUGGUAACCAUGGAAACGGAGUAUGGAAUUAUGCAUUCCACGGCCUUGGCAAGCUAAUAAAAACAUUAGGACCUCACCACAAUUGAUGUGCCAUGGUCAAAAUUCACUUUGGACAGAGUUGCUAGCGCACCGACAGGAUUAUGUGCGGCCAUUUUGACAAUCGGUAAAAUUGCGCAUACGCAAUGCACUGGACAUAGCCUUGCAUUUUGCGCCAUUACUUUGCCUGACAAAGACCUCAUCUCAACAAUUGUUUAAAAAAAAUUCUCAACCAAAAGCACUUUUGCAGCUCGAUUUCUUGGGUCCUACCGGUAGGACCCGUG